AUGGCAAGGUGUUUGCUAUUAAACGCAGAUCUUCCGAGUUCACUUUGGGCAGAGGCAGUAAACACGGCUGUUUAUGGUGGACGAAAGCCAAAUGUAUCGCAUUUAAGAAUAUUUGGAUGUAAUGCGUUUAUGUUGGACAGGCGCCCGUCGAAGUCAAAAUUUAAAGCAAGAGCUACAGAAUAUUUUUUGGUGGGCUACUCUGUUGAAUCUAAAGCUUAUCGCCUUUAUGAACCAAAAUCAAAUAAGAUUUUUAAAAGUCGGGAUGUUCGUUUCCUAGAACAGGUAAAUAAUAUUCUAUGCAAAGAGGUCGAUUUGAUUCUACAACAAGAAACAGAAAAACCAAAAACAAGUCUCCUUGAAGAAGAAAAGGUUAAGACUCUUAAAUUUGAGGCCGAUUCUCCAGAUGUGAAAAGAUCUGUAAACGUGUUGGAUGUGAAUGACGAUGUUUUUGCCGCUAAUGUUGUUGCUGCUAAUGAGGAUGACUCAGAUGAUGUUCCUGUUGCGCAUGAGGAUGAGAUUGAAAACGAUGAUUUUGAAGAUGCCAACAGUAUGGGUAACAGUCCUUUAAGUGAGCACGUUAGAACAGAUGAUUCCGAUCGAAGUGUGUUUUAUGUGAGUGAUGAUGAUGUUAUUGCCGAUGGAGUCAGAAAUGAUGGGUCGAGUGUUGUUGUUGGUGGUGAAAAAGUGGUCGAGAAAAAUAUACCAAAAGAGAACACAAGGAAGUGGUGGCUGCGGUCAAGUAAACGAAGAUCUAGUUCUGCUAAUUUGUUGAUAAAAUCUAAUGACUUUCUUGUGAACCCAACCACAGCCGAAGAGGCCCUUAACUGA